AUGAGAAACAUAAUGGAGAAGAUGAUGAGUAAGAGAGAUGUGAUUGUAUGCAGAGGAAUAUGGUAUGUUGCGACUCUACUCUCGCUCUUUGGCCUCUACAUAUCCCUCAAUCUUUUCUGGCCACCUGGAGACUCUUCAUCGUUGUCUCGGUUCCUCAGGGACGGCGCGGUCAGUGUCACAACGUUUUACGCAGUGACGCUACUCAGAUAUCUCUUCUUCACCGAUCCUCCCUCCACUUGGUACAAGGAGUUUACUACACCUAGAGAGAGGAUUCCUCAGGUUGUGUUCUCGGAGAUUUCCAUGUACCUACUCUUCUCAUCGCCGAUAAAUUAUGUCCUGUUGACGAAGAAUAAGCCGUUUUCCUUGUACGUGUCGUUAUUCACCGUAUCGUUGUUCACCGGAGGGAUAGGGCUUAUUCAGCUAUCGGAUAAGUUUAGGAUGGAGAUGAUACAUGCUUUGCUCACGCUCUUCUUUGGUUGGUUAUGUGCUCUUUUUGGCAUCUUGGGAACUAUAGACGUCGAUAACGGAUUGGCGUUGGUGCUUGCCGGAUUUUUGUAUACUUUUUCCAUUUGGAUCCUUUGCUAUAAUUUCCCCUAGGAGGACUAGGACUUGGAGCUCUUUAAUUUGUUCAAAGAGGAAAAGCUCACAUUCUUUCUAGUUUAGAGCAAUUGUUCCUGUCAAAUUACUAUCUAAAUAAAUGGUAUUGU